AUGGUCACUGCAGCUGAACGCCCCUCGGUUGUUGUACCGGUCUCAUGUCUGGUUGAGACCAACUCCGCCACGCCAAAUGCACCCUUUUUCACUCCUGCACAUGCUACAAACCCCGGUGUCCCAGUGACUCCCGGCCCGAGUACACCAACGUUGUUCACUUCUCUCAAAAUUCGAUCAAAGUGUCUCAGGAAUCGAAUAGUUGUAUCGCCAAUGUGCCAGUACUCGGCUGCUGCCAGUGGAUCGGAAGUAGGCAAGCUCACAGACUGGCAUGUAGCUACAUUGGGGCACUAUGCCCUUAAAGGCGCCGCUCUUGUUUUUACCGAAGCUACAGGCGUAACGCCAAAUGGUCGCAUCACACCCCAUUGCCCAGGACUUUGGAAAGAUGAACAAGUCAUCAGCUUCAGGCGUGUUUCGAACUUCAUCAAGUCGCAAGGAGCUCUGUCAGGGAUACAGCUAGCACACGCUGGGAGAAAGUCAAGCACGUUACCGCCGUGGAUUGGGGCUCAAGUGAACAGGCCUUCUUUGCGAGCAACAGAACAAGCUGGUGGUUGGCCCGAGGAUGUUGUAGGUCCGAUGGGUGGGCCAGAAUACUCUUGGGAUGGAAAAGGUCUGUCUGAGGAUGGUGGCUUUAAUUGUCCACGUCAGCUCAGCGUUUCUGAGAUACAAGAUAUUGUCAAGGCAUUCGGUGAAAGCGCUCGGAGGGCCGUUGAAGCUGGAUUCGAUGUUAUUGAAAUUCAUGGUGCUCACGGCUAUCUUAUCCACCAAUUCCUGAGUCCUAUUACAAAUCGAAGAUGUGACCAAUAUGGAGGCAGCUUCGAGAAUCGAACACGCCUACUAAUCGAGAUUAUUCAGACGGUACGAAACAAUAUGUUAUCGGGUAUGCCACUAUUUCUCCGCUUAAGUUCUACGGAGUGGAUGGAGGAGACAGAACUAGGUCGAAAAUACGGUACCUGGGAUGUCGAAAGCACUAUGCAACUCGUCCGCCGCUUGCCAUCUCUGGACGUUGACCUGGUUGAUGUUAGUAGCGGGGGCAACCAUUUUCUACAACGGAUUGAGAUGACAUCAUCUAAGGAUUACCAAACAAAAAUUGCAAGUCAGAUACGCAAGAUGUUGAGAAGAGAUGGUCUAAACCUUCUUAUUGGCGCCGUAGGAUUGAUCACCGAGGCUGAACAAGCCAGAGACGUCGUCGAAGAAAGACCCGAUAGCAGUAUCGAGAGAGAGUCGAACGAUGGUGAGCUUCUGGUUGAAGCCAAAGGGGUCAGAGAAGCGAUGGCUGACAUCAUACUUGUGGGACGUCAAUUUCUGAGAGAGCCUGAAUGGGUACUCAAGGUCGCUUGGAAGCUGGGAGUUGAUGUUGGCUGGCCUAAUCAAUUCUGGAAAGUGCGGUUUAGAUAG